AUGGCGUCGGCGCUAUUUUUCCUGGACCUCAAGGGCAAGACCCUUCUGGCCCGCAACUAUCGCGGAGACAUUCCCAUGUCUGCCGUGGACAAAUUUCCCAUCUUGCUCAGCGAAGCCGAAGAAGAGUCCUCAGCUGUUCCUCCCUGCUUCUCCCACGAGGGAGUCAACUACCUGUACAUCCGCCAUAGCAACCUGUACAUCCUGGCUUUGACAAAGCGAAACACCAAUGCCACAGAGAUCCUGCUCUUCCUACACAAGCUUGUUGAGGUCUUUACGGAAUAUUUCAAAGUACUCGAGGAGGAAAGUAUUCGGGAUAACUUUGUCAUCAUCUACGAAUUGCUGGAUGAAAUGAUGGACUUUGGUUACCCACAGACGACCGAAAGCAAGAUUCUUCAGGAAUAUAUCACGCAAGAAUCACAUAAGCUGGAGGUGCAAGCGCGGCCACCCAUCGCAGUCACGAACGCUGUCUCUUGGCGAAGUGAAGGAAUUCGCUAUCGUAAGAACGAAGUCUUCCUGGAUGUCGUCGAGUCUCUCAACCUACUGGUCUCGGCCAAUGGAAAUGUGUUGCGGUCGGAGAUUCUUGGUGCUAUCAAGAUGAAAUGUUAUUUGAGUGGUAUGCCUGAAUUGCGACUGGGAUUGAAUGACAAGGCCAUGUUUGAGACCACGGGCCGAGCUACGCGAGGAAAGGCGGUCGAAAUGGAGGACGUCAAAUUCCAUCAAUGUGUUCGGUUGUCUCGAUUUGAGAACGAUCGCACAAUCAGCUUCAUUCCACCAGAUGGAGAGUUCGAGCUCAUGAGUUACCGACUGAACACCCAGGUCAAGCCAUUGAUCUGGGUCGAGUGCUUGGUUGAGUCGCAUUCAGGGUCACGCAUCGAAUAUAUGCUCAAGGCCAAGGCUCAAUUCAAGCGGCGUAGCACUGCCAAUAAUGUCGAAAUUCUUGUCCCUGUGCCUGAAGAUGCUGAUUCUCCUCGGUUCCGUACCAAUAUUGGAACCGUCCACUAUGCACCAGAGAAGUCUGCCAUCAUCUGGAAGAUCAAGCAGUUUGGUGGUGGUAAAGAGUUCCUCAUGCGCGCCGAGCUGGGACUACCCUCGGUCAAGGGAGACGACGAGCAUGGUGGUGGCAUGACAGGUGGAUUUGGUGGUAGUAUGGGCGGAGCUGGCGCCAUCGGCAAGGCGAAGCGCCCCAUCAACGUCAAGUUCGAAAUUCCUUACUUCACGACAUCCGGCAUUCAAGUGCGCUAUCUCAAGAUUACCGAACCAAAGCUGCAAUACCCCUCUCUACCCUGGGUCCGCUACAUCACACAAUCUGGCGACAUUGCGGUCCGAAUGCCGGACGUUCAAUAA